AUGAAUCUCUCACUCGUCGAUCCAUUCGCCCUCGCGCAAGACUACCCCGAUACUUUGACCGGGAAAUUACGGAGCGGCCAUGCUGCAUGUCUUCGGUUCAGUCGCAAGGGCGAUUACCUCGCCGCAGGUCGGGUUGACGGUACAGUCAUUGUUUUUGAUCUCGAGACGAACGGGGUAGCCCGCAAAUUACGAGGGCACACCAGGCAGAUACAGUCGCUUAGCUGGUCCAGAGAUGGACGAUAUCUGUUGAGCGCAUCGCAAGACUGGAAAUGUAUACUGUGGGAUUUAAAGGAUGGCUCGCGAGUGCGAAUGGUCCGUUUCGCAGCUCCAGUAUACAUUGCCGAGUUGCACCCUUUUAACCAUCUUUUAUUUGUUGCCUCCCUCUUCGAAGAACAACCAGUCCUAGUGGAUAUCUCCAACCCCAAACCCAUCAAACACAUCCUGCCCUCCGUCCCCCUCCGACCUCAAGACGGCGUCGAUCCCGCCGCAGCAGCCAAACAAGCCGCCCAAGACGCCAAACAAUCCACCUGCGUCACCAUCUUUACAGCCCUAGGCAAUCACAUAAUCUCCGGCACAUCCAAGGGAUGGAUCAACAUUAUCGAAACGCAAACCUGCAAAACCAUCCACUCAACCCGCCUCUGCAACGGCGUCAUCAUCCUCAUCCGCCUCGCCAGCAACGGCCGCGAUCUACUCAUCAACAGCUCCGACCGCGUCAUCCGCACAGUGCUAAUGUCGGACCUGUCUCAAUUAGGCAUGGGCCUCGACCCGGCCAACAUCAAACUCGACGUAGAACACAAAUUCCAAGACGUCGUAAACCGACUCAGCUGGAACCACGUUUCAUUUUCAUCGACCGGCGAAUUCAUCAUGGCAUCCACAUACAUGAACUCGGACAUCUAUAUCUGGGAACGAAGCCACGGCUCCCUCGUGAAAAUCCUCGAGGGACCCCGCGAAGAAAUGGGUGUUGUGGAAUGGCACCCUUCGCGGCCCAUGAUUAUGUCCUGCGGCCUCGAAUCCGGAUCAAUAUACAUAUGGUCUAUCAUCACGCCCCAAAAAUGGUCCGCGCUCGCCCCGGAUUUUGCAGAAGUAGAGGAAAACGUCGUCUACGUUGAGCGGGAGGAUGAAUAUGACAUCCACCCGGCAGAGGAAGUGCAUCAGCAACGUCUCGAUCAAGAAGAUGAGAGUCCCGAUGUACUUUCGCUCGAUCAUAUGGGUAAUGUUGCCGUUCUGGGAGAUAUGGAUAUUGAUACGUUCCGUAUGCCGGUGUUAUUGGAUUUGUCGGAUAGUGAGAGUGAAGAAGAGAUUAUAGCUGUUGGGCCAGGGACGAUGAGGAGACGGAGUCCGGGUGCGGGCAGGGAAUGGAUGAAUACUUCUAAUGAUGGCGCGUCUUCUACGAGGGGCACGCUCGGAAGGGGGAGGAAGAAAUAA